CCCAUGCAAGAGUCCAGCAAGAGAAUUCAAGAGCACAAGACACAUCUCUAAUAUAAUAUCCUUCAGAAACCUCAGUUUGCUGUUUGGAUCACAGUUUUCCUCAGUUCCUCCGUUUUCCUCUUGUACUAUGGGUGUGGCAGACGAACUGUGUGAAGAGCUCUUCCGUUGGAUUGAUCAGCAGGAGCGAUGUGCAGAUCAUCUCAAGGCUUUGGCCACCGAGCUGGAGGACAUGAGGGAGGCGAUGACUGCAGGCCAGUUGGUGGGAAACACAGCUACUGUGCUUGGGUCUGCCACUCUUGUUGGGACAGGCAUUGCAACAAUUCUGACUGGAGGCCUGGCUUUACCCUCGCUGGCACUGGCAGCUGGAAUCACAGUCGGAGUGGGUACUGCAACUAGUCUUAUACUUACGCUUGUGGAGAAAUGGAAAUCUAGUGAAACAAUGAAAAAUGCAGAGAAGACUGCUGACAAAAUCAGGCAGAUUCAGAACAAUAUCGAAAGGCUCAAGGAGAAACUCCAGAAGGAGUGUGAGAAUGAAGCGUUUGAGGUGUCAUCCUCCGAUGACGUGCAGUGUGAAAUCACAGCGAGGAUCCUGAGAGCCUUGGCCAAACGCAGUGGUAGAGAUCUGCCCCUCAGUCGCCUAAGACACCUCUUGAGAAGUGAUGGCCCGUAUACACAUCACAGAUAUCCAGCGUUUAAUCCAGACUUCGCAUUCUUCUGCACCGUCAGUUCUUUAAUAGCAUACCUUGGAUAUUCUGCCAUCUUUCUGAAAACAGCAGCAACAAAAGGACAAAAAUAUUAUGCUCCACUUCUUGUGAAAGUUACUAAAGAAAUGGCUGAUGUUUCACUGAAAGCGUUGUUAAAGGGAACAGGCCAGGCCGCAGGAGGAAUCUUUGGGCUGAUAUUAACAUUUCCUGAUCUGAUUGAUAACUGUGAAGAACUGAUUAAAAACAAACAUCAGACUGAAGCUAGCACAUAUCUGAAGACAAAAGCUAAAGAAAUCCUUGAGACUGUGAAGAAAUUAAAAAAGCCAUUGAAUGAAUUGCAAGAGAUGCUCAAUCAAAUCCCUGAAAUGGAGUGUCACAUUGAUUUGGCUCAGGAGAUGUUUGGAUCUCAAAUAUACACACGAGGCACCAUCUGUAUGGAGUAUACACAGAGCCAAAAGCAGGACACGAAGACACAGGAGUUUAUUCUCCUAUGCACAAAAGACAUAGGAGUAACUAAGAAUUGUUCCACAGGACAACACAAAUCGGGUGACAACAAGAACAAACGACAGAAGAAGAAGGCUACUUCAACUAUAGACAGGAGUCUUAACCAGGAGAGGAAACUUGCUUUUCCGAGGAAACCACCACACAAGUCUAAAACAAAAGUAAAGAAAUUUCAGUUCCGCCUUCCUAAAAUAAUGAUGUCUAAUGUGCGUUCUCUUCCGAACAAAAUAGAGGAGCUCCAAGAAAUGAUGGAAGAUGUGGAAAACAUUAAUUCCGAUCUGAUGUUCUUCACAGAGACAUGGUUGAACAGGAACUCGCCCAGCAUUAGCUUCGAGGGAUAUAGGUCUUACCGGGUUGAUCGUGAUGCACGGCUAACUCAGAAACGUAGAGGAGGGGGAUUGAUGGUGCUUGUGAAUGAGGCCUGGGCGACUGAUGUGGAGGUGGAAAACAUCAUUAUAACUCCUGAUUAUGAGUUAAUGGUCGUGUCCAUUAGACCACAUGACCACCCUGAGGAUGCGCCACCACUUACCUUCAUCCAUGUGUAUAUCCCUCCAGGAACUAAUAUGAGUCAAGCAGCCAGAGACAUCGCUGGUGUUUACUAUGAUGUUCUGGAGCAGUAUCCUGGUGGUCCUGUUUUCUUGUUGGGUGAUUUCAACCACUGUGACAUCACUCAUCUCUUAGACCUGGAGCAAUACGUCACAUGCCCAACCAGAUACAGUAACACCCUGGAUCAGUGCUAUGGGAAUGUGCCAGGGGCUUAUAGAUCUGAAUGCAGUCCCCCGCUUGGCCGGUCAGACCACAAUGUCAUUCAUUUGAUUCCUAAAAAGAAGUCGGAUGGAAGUGACCCUUCCAAAGAUGAGAAGUGUACACAUGACAGUACCAAAUCCAGAAAGCAAUGAGAGGCUGUGCAGCAGUUCUCUGUUGUUGUCAUGUAGCACCAGGGUUUAGUUCCACUGUGUGCUGUGCUACUAUAUGGUUUGUUUUGUCCUAUAGAUGUAGGACAGUCUAACUACUUUCAAUUAACUUACUGAGUAUAAAAAGUCAUUGAGAAAGAAGGCGACAGGAUUGUAGUCAGAAAUGGUCUGAAAACUGGCACAACAAUGAGGAACAACAUGUGGAAAACGAAUUCUCCUUUGAAUGAAGAAAAUUAAAUGCUUGAUAUACUUUUACCCUGUUAGCCCACACCAGAAAGUGGGCAUCCUGAACGCCUCUCAACUCGCACGUGUCAGUGUUUAUGAAUAGAUAAAAUGAAAUGGGCCAAAUUUAAUCUCGACAAACUAUGUAUCAUUAUAAAGAUAUAAGCCUCAAGCAUUGACGACAGAUCGCUGUUUUUCAAUGGAAAGCUUAUAAAGACUGUAUUUGCUACAUUUGUGUAAGCAGUACACAUACAAACAUGAACAUUAGAAACGCUGUACAUACCAGAUCCGUCGUAAUAACGAGUCAUAAACACAUCAAGAGCUGUAAACCCCGGAUAAGUUAGAAAGAUAAGGGUCCACUGAACGACAUCUCAUGAAGCACGUUUAGUCCAACGAAGCAAUAACGUUGUAAUAUGGAUCAUAAUUCCUUUGUUUACGUUUCAUUUCUUCAGCGACAGAAUUGUUUGCGUCCGUU